GAUCGUCGAGCGCAGCGGAGGGGAACAAUCUCACGAAUCUCUGCGUGUAGCCGCGAUAAGAGAAACGCAUGAGCAAGUAAGUCAUCGAUCGCCGGGCGUACAUCACGUCGAGUUCACUUUCGACUUUGAGAGAAGUCACAAUCGUUUUUUUUACUUUUUUUUGUCAAUCGAAUAUCUUCGUCGUCCAAGAUGUGCUGCAUAUCGAGCCUUUUCGCGUCUCAGCCGCAGGAGAUGACCUGCCCGAACUGUCACAAAGAGAUCGUAACACAGGUCACGGUCAAGAGGCCCUGGUACCUGAAGGUACUCUACACGCUCAUGUGUUGCUGCUGUUGCUGCCUGUGUAUCCCGGCUUGUCACUGUCUGUUGUGCAUGAAUCAGAACAUCAUAAUCCACAAGUGUCCCGAGUGCAAGCACAAAAUUGACGAGGUGCCGAAGCAAGAGGCGGUCGGUAUCGACGACUUGAAGAAGUUCUGGAACGACCUGAAGGACGAAAAAAUCCUCAAGAAAGGUACCUCCGAAGUCGAGCUCAAAGACAAAAAAGACAAGGUCGUCGACGAAACUUGCAAACUCCUCGAUGAAAACUCCAAGCCCAACAACGACGACGAAACUUGCAAAGUCGAUGUAACCAGCGAGUCCAAGAAUGAAGACUCAAAGCCUAGCGAAGAAAAGGCCGAGCCCAAGGAGGAAAGCUCCAAGCCCAGUGAAGAAAAUGUCGAGCCCGAGCAAGAAAGCUCGAAGCUUAACGGAGAAGUUAAUGCCGAGCCAAAGGAGGAAAGCUCCAAGCCUAGUGUAGAUGAUGUCGAGCCAAAGGAGGAAAGCUCCAAGCCCAGUGAAGAAAUUGUCGAGCUCAAGGAGGAAAGCUCCAAGCCAAUUAGCGAAGAAAAAGUCGAGCUCAAGGAGGAAAGCCCAAAAACGCCCAGCGACGUAAACUCCCAAUUCAUCGCCGAAGAAUCCAAGUAUACGAGUGCCAAGACCGAGAAGCACGUAAAAGACGAAAAAAACACCGAACUCAGCGAUAAGUCAGCCUAAAAAUCUCUCUCUGUGCGAUACAUGUUGUUAAAAAAAAAUCAUUUCUUUUUUGUAAA